CUCGGAGCUGGUCCAGAUUAUUUUCGGGCCGAUUCGCAUUGAUCAUUGAACAUAUCGCAUUGUCCUCUCACUCUCUCACACAGAGAGUCGAGCAAUUUUGCAGUUUCGGUUUCGAGCAAAUUUGCCAUUCGCCAUUCAAGAAACCAUGCAAUUUUUUGCAACCCAGAAAGCUCGAGACACACAAGAAUGAUUGACCCCCUUUUUCAUCCACAAUUUUAUUCAGAUCAAAAUGUCACUCGCAGCUCAAGCCAUCUUCACGGACAAGAAUCCCACCUUGUAUCACACAAAACCCUCAAAACAGUACCCAUUUUCAUCUCCAAAUCCGAAGUCCCCUGUCCCAAUUUUCAGGCUUCUGAAAUUUUCGCAACCUCACAUUUUCCCUGUUUGCAGAAAAAUCAACGCCGCCGUCGACGAGCCGUACGGCCCCUCAAGAAGCCUAGCGAAUGCGAAUGAUAACAACAGCUCUGCAUACAGCUUCGACUUGGACGGUUUUCUCUCCUUUGUCGAAUUUCUCAGCCUGGCCUCCUCGGCGGCGAUUUCCGUCUACGUGGCUCUGAGCUGCGGGGCACUGAACGGCAGCGUUUUGGGGAACGGGAGGAUUCUGUUGUGUCAGUGCGUGAUUUUGGUGAGCGGCGCGUCUGUUGGGGCGGUGAUAAGACGGCGGCAGUGGAGGAGGAUUGGCGGGAACGUUGGGUUCUCGAGAGGCGCGUAUGGUCAUGGGGCUAAUUUGUUGGGAAGGGUUGAGAAAUUGGAGGAGGAUUUGCGCGGGUCGGCCACCAUUGUUAGGGUUUUGUCGAGGCAGAUUGAGAAGCUCGGGAUUCGGGUCCGGGCCACUCGGAAAGCUGUCAAAGAACCCAUUUCGGAGACUGCUGCAUUGGCCAUGAAAAAUUCUGAGGUAACUCGAGCAUUGGCAGCCCAAGAAGACAUUCUUGAGAAGGAAUUCGGUGAAAUUCAAAAGGUUCUGCUUGCUAUGCAGGAGCAACAGCAAAAACAGCUUGAGCUCAUUCUUGCAAUAGCAAAAGCUGGUAAAUUGUUGGAAACCAAACACGUACCAUCAAAAGAUCAGAAAGCAGCCGAGACUUCUAAAUUAAUGGUGGAUGGUGAUGUAGGUGAUGAGAUUGAGACUGAGAUAUUACAAAAGAAAACGGAUGGGAUAACCUAAUAAUUUAUAUUAUUCACUAUUCAGCAGCUUCGUAUCAGAUCAAAUACAUACCCAGAUUCUUGUGUUGCAGUUUCUUGAGACUUAAGGUAUGUGCGAAAGACGGAUGAUGGAGAGAAGGGAGAAUGUCUUGAUUUCAUCUUUUCAUUAUUCUGUGAAAUGUAUUUUAUGUAACUUUCUUCUUCUUGAUAGUAAAAAAAUAAAAAAAAAAUUAAUGUGGUACAAAUAAGGUUGCAUUUGGAUGAGAGAUUUUUAUGGCUUUCUU